CCAGCUUCCUACCGUCCCCCCUCAGCUUGGGUGAUGAUUUCGGGGGAGUUCGGAGAGAAAAUAGCUGCGAUAUAUCAAUAUCAACGGACGUACUGACUGGAAUUAAGGGAGUCACGGUGUCACUCGUGCUCCCGGGGACACUCGCUCGCGCCACAGGAAGGGAUAACGGUCUGCACACCGGGCUUCCUCUCGGCACUGUCUAUCUCCUGUCUGGUCUUCACUUGUGCAGCAUGAACCACAACCCCAGCUCUCACCUGUCGGAGGUGGGCAAGUCCGGCUCAGGUAGCCUCCUGUGCAGCAUGGGCCUGGGGCCAGACAGGAAGAUCUGCUCUCCAGACAGUCUCACUUAUGCUCCCAGUCCAACUGGAGAUACCCCGAGCCCAAGUCCACCUCUGUUGCUGUCACCUGGUAUUGGAGGUUUUGGAUUGGGAUCCCUGGGGGUCAUGGGUGAGGGUGCAGGGGCUGACUGGGAGAGCAGGGAGGAGCUCAGGCUCAGGGAACUGGAGGAAGCCCGAGCCAGAGCCACGCAGAUGGAGAAGACCAUGAGGUGGUGGUCCGAUUGCACUGCCAACUGGAGAGAGAAGUGGAGCAAGGUUCGUGCGGAACGGAACCGUGCCCGGGAUGAUAUCCGGCAACUGAGGCAGAGACUGGACAGCCUGACCAAGGAGCUCAGCAGUGUUCGUAGAGAACGACAAGAACUAGCUUCAGAGAACGAGAUGCUACGACAGGAGGCGCUGCUUCUCCGUGGUGAAACUGCAGCUCUUCCUGCAGCCACGACGUCUUCCUCCUCCUCCUCACCUUCACAUGUGCCUUGUGCUGCACCUUCCUCACCCUCUCCACCCGUGGUGUGCUGUUCUCCGGCCUCUUCCUCAGAUGUCCACUCAAACCCUGCAGAGGAGAGACGGCAUGGAUCUCCAGAACCUGAAAGGGACAUGGACUUUGAUGUAGAAAAGACAGUUCAGCACAAGGACAGGGAGGCAGACUCUGUCUGUCAGUGGUCUGUCGUCGACGCUCAGACUGGCAGCAGUAGCCUAAACCCGAGCAAGUCACACUCAUCAUCAGGUCUGAUCUGGCAGGUGCGGAGCAGGCCGCUUCUGGACGACAUGAACUCAGUAGAAGAAGAUUCGGGUAAACUCAACGCCCUGCAGCUGCGCUUGGAUGAGUCCCAGAAGGUUCUGCUGAAGGAGAGAGAGGACAAGCUGGCUCUGACCAAGAGCAUCGAGAGGCUGGAAUCUGAUAUCAGUCAGAGGAAGCUGAAGUACGAGGAGCUCAGCAAGAGCAAGCAAGAAGUCCUCAAGCAGCUUAACCUGCUGAAGGAAAUGCACCAGGACGAACUGGGUCGCAUGUCGGACGACCUGGAGAAUGAACUGGGAGCUCGCACCAGCAUGGACAAGAAACUGGCUGAGCUCCGGGCCGAGAUGGAGCGGCUGCAGGUGGAGAACGCUGCGGAGUGGGGCCGCAGGGAACGGCUGGAGACGGAGAAGCUGGCUCUGGAGCGAGACAACAAGAAGCUGAAGGCUCAGACUGAAGACCUGGAGGAGCAGCUGGCCAAGAAGCGCAGACAGGCCACCUCAGCCUUGGACACUGACCUCAAAGCUAUCCAGGCUGAGCUCUUUGACAAGAACAAGGAGCUUGCUGACCUUCGUCAUGUCCACGCCAAGCUGAAGAAGCAGCAUCAGGAAAAGACUGCCGAGCUGCUUCAUGCCAACCGCAGGGUGGAGAGUCACGAGGCGGAAGUCAAGAAGCUGCGUCUGCGAGUGGACGAGCUGAAAAAAGAACUGGGACAAGCAGAGGAUGAGCUGGACGAGUCCCAUAACCAGACUCGGAAGUUGCAGCGGUCUUUGGAUGAGCAGGUGGAGCAAGCAGAAAACCUGCAGGUGCAAUUGGAACACUUGCAGUCCAGACUUCGGCGACAGCAUCAAAGCCCUGGUCUUUUUGGGAAGAUGAGAUCCGCUCGGUUCAGUCCAGAGAAUCCCGACAGUCCCACCAGUGACAUGGAUGACGAGCAGAAAGAACUCCAGUUGCAGAUCACCUGAUACACUUGAGGACGCUCUUUUGUACACUUUGGUUGGCUGUGGACAGAAAAACCAAAUAUCUUGGACUUCAAAAGAAAAACUAAAGCUUUUAUUGAAAACAGUUGGAGCAGUGCCAGUAUUCGAGAAUAUUUUUCGUGAUUUUAAAGACUCUGGCAGACAAGUUCAAGUUCAUCUUGGAAGUCGUCUCCUCCCUUGAAUAACAGACAAUCGGAAGCUCUGAAACUGGCUCCACGCUGACUGUAAUGUCUGGUAUGAAAUUUCAUGAUUGAACAGAAAUUCAACGAUGAGUGGAAUGGAAAACAACAGAUUCACCCAACAAGCUAAGUAGCUGUCUCACUGCCAGCAGGUGUGUGGGGGCGUCGCCCCCAGCAAGUGUUUCUUGAAUGAAUUGUCAUUUAUCUCGUAUGACAUCAUAGUGUCGCCCUGUCAUCCAUUACUUUAAUGUUGUUUGACUGUUUAUGCUGUUGUUCUACUUUUUGAAAGAUAUGUAUCUCAGUAGUUUUUGUACCAUCACAAUAAAAGUUAUUUACAUAAAUAAACAA